CAGGGGUGUGAAUUCGUGCACCGGGUCCCGCAGGGGUGUGAAUUCGUGCAUAGGAGCCCCAGGGGUGUGAAUCCGUGCAAAGGCACCCCCGGGUGCGAAUUCUGUACUGACCCCAUCGGAAGAAGUUGGUGUCGGGUGCUGAACUGGGAUGACCCCGGAGGAGUGGACCUACCUGACCGUGCUGCUUUUCUCUAUCCCCAUCGGCUUUGUCUUCAAGAGAGGGGGAUACCGAGUGAAGCAGUUUGGGGGGGCAGCCGUGGGGCUGCUCCUGACGCUGAUCACCUGCAACAUCCACACCUUGCACUCCCUGGUCACCAUCCUGGGCACAUGGGUCAUCCUCAGCCUCUCCCCCCGGUCCUGUCACUACCUGACCCUCGGCUGGACCUUCUCCUAUCUACUCUUCUUCCGGAUGGUGACUUUCUUCGGGCUGCCGGCCCCCACCCCCUUCACCAACGCCGUGCAGCUGCUGCUGACCCUCAAGAUGGUGAGCCUGGCCAAUGAGGUGCAGGAGAUCAGCCAGGCCAAGAAGCAGGACGUGACCUCGUUCACCAAGGUCCCCGCCCUUGGGCUGAUCCCCAGCGUGCCGGGGCUGGGCCCGACCCUCUGCUACGGUUACUGCUACGUGGGGCUCAUGACAGGCCCCUUCUACCGCUACAGGACCUACCUGGACUGGCUGCAGCAGCCGGACUCCCAGGCCAUCCCCAGCUGGCGCCCCCUGCUGGCGCGGGCCCGGCUGGUCCCGGUCUACGGGCUGCUCUUCCUGGGGGCCGCGUGGCUCUUCCCGCUGGACUACGUGCGGAGCGAGGCCUUCGACGCCCGGGCGCUGCCCUUCCGCCUCUUCUACAUGGUGCCCAUCUUCUUCGUCUUCCGCAUGCGCUUCUACGUGGCCUGGCUCUGCGCAGAGUGCGGCUGCAUCGCGGCUGCCUUUGGGGCCUACCCCACGGCCGCCCGCUCCCGCCCCGGCGGGGGCCCCACCGCCCACUGCCCCAGCACGGAGGAGGGGGCUCCAGGGGCGGCGCCCCCUGAGUACGACUACGAGACCAUCAAGAACAUCGACCCGUACGGCACCGACUUCUGCGUGCGGGUGCGGGACGGCAUGCGGUACUGGAACAUGACCGUGCAGUGGUGGCUGGCCCAAUACAUCUACAAGAACGCCCCCUUCCGCUCCUACGUCAUGAGGAGCGGCUGGACCAUGCUGAUUUCGGCCUAUUGGCACGGCCUGCACCCCGGCUACUACCUCAGCUUCCUGACCAUCCCGCUGUGCCUGGCGGCCGAGGGGGCGCUGGAGGCCGGGCUGCGGGGGCGCCGGGGGGCGGCGCCGGAGCCGGAGCCGGAGCGCUCGGGGGGCGCCUGGCUGCACUGGUUCCUCAAGAUGCGGGCCUACGACUACAUGUGCAUGGGCUUCGUUCUGCGGGAGCUGGGCCCCACCCUGCGCUACUGGUGGGCCGUCUACUUCUGCGUCCACCUCGGGGCCCUGGGCCUGCUGCUGCUGGGCCGCGCCCUGCCCCGCUCUGCCCCCCGCGCCGCCGAGGGGCCGCGCCGAGCGGGGCCGCUGGGGGGCGGGGAAUAGCCAGGGCGAGGGGGGGCGCCCACCCCGGGAGCCGCCUCCCCCCGGGGGCUGGGAACAGGACCCACACAGCGGCUCUGUGCUGGCCAUGGAGGGGGGAGGGCCGAGGCAAAUGGGGUGCCCCCCCCCGAUCGUCCCCUCUUUGCAGGCCCCCACCUCUCCUUGUGGCUGGCUGGGAGGGGGAACCUGCCCCAGACCUCCAUGGGGGGGGAGAGCCUGAGCUGCUACCAGGCUUCCCCCAAGGGGUCUGGCAGGCCUGCCCCCCCCCCGCACUCCUGAGAGGGUGGGAGCCCUUCCCCCGCACAGGCAGAUUCUCCCCCCGGCCCCGCAAGAUCCCCAAAUAAGAGGGUGGUUUCUACCCCUCCCCCCAGCCGAUGCUUCACUGUGGCUUUAAAAGGGGGGUUCUCAAACGGGGGGGGGUUGGGACUCCUCAGGGGGUCGUGAGGUUAUUACAUGGGGGGGGUCGCGAGCUGUCACCCUCCACACCAAACCCUGCUUGGCCUCCCAGCAUUUAUAAUGGUGUUUAAUAUAUCAACAUUUGUUAUUAAUUGAUGGGGGGGUGGGGGUCGCUCUCAGCGAUCUGCUGUGGGAAAGGGGUCACCCGUACAAAAGUAUGAGAACCGCUGGCUUGGGGACCAGCCUCCAAAUGGGGGGGGAGAUGGUUCCCACCAAUUUUAAGCCAGGCGGGCCCCCUCCAUCUUGUGUGAAACAAAUUGGCACCGUUCUCAGGCAGAGCCUUGAACGGGCCACAUAACGCCCCCCCCCAGCAGCUGGGGGGGGUUGGGGGGAGAACGUCCCGCAGCAUAGGCAGCUGGUCUGUGCUUAGCUGGGGGUGCGGCGGGGGGUCGCUGGUAGAAAGCCCCCCUCCCGCUCGGAGGUCUCUUUCCCUUUCCUAUGCUAUUAACCACUGGGGGAGGGGGGGU